AUGCAGCAAAUUCCGGAAUCUCUAGUAGCAAGAAUGUUAAAUGUGUGGGCAUUGGACUUGCACUCUAAUCAGCUCAAAACUCUUCCCAACUCCAUUGGAUGUCUUACAAAGCUUAAGUUUCUCAAUGUCUCCGGAAAUUAUCUCCAAUUUCUCCCCAAAACUAUCGAAGAUUGCAGAUCGCUAGAAGAACUGAAUGCCAACUUCAACGAGCUGACGAGGCUUCCAGACACGAUAGGGUUCGAGCUAACGAAUCUGACAAAGCUCUCAGUCAACUCGAACAAGCUUGUCAUGUUACCAAGCUCCCUUAGCCACAUGACGUCUCUGCGUGUGCUCGACGCGCGGCUAAACCGCCUUGGGUCGCUCCCUGAGGAUCUAGAGAACCUCGUGAACCUCCAGGUCCUUAACAUUAGCCAGAACUUCCAGCACUUGACGACGUUACCUUACUCCAUUGGGUUGCUGAUAUCUCUCGUGGAGCUUGACGUCAGUUAUAACGGAAUCACAGUUUUACCGGACUCCCUCGGUUGUCUCCGCCGGAUUCAGAAGCUCUCCCUCGAGGGUAAUCCCCUCGUCUCCCCACCUUUUGAAGUGGUGGAACAGGGUUUGGAAGCAGUGAAGCGGUACAUGAGCGAGAAGAUGACAGAGUCAUAUAAGAAAACUCCUAUGAAGAAAAAGUUGUGGGGCAUUGGUAAGAUGGUCAAGUACAAGACCUUUCACGGCCUGAGCUCAUCUCCGGGGAGGAGAACCGGCGGUGACCACCGUGGAGACGAGAGGGAGGGCUUCAUCAACGUCAACGAUUACCGCCAAAUCGACGGAAUCGCCUCCCCGCGACACGUGUCCCUGUUCAACCCGCGACGCCUCUUGUCUCCAUUAUCCGCGUAUUUCUCUCCUCCAAGGUAUUAG